AUGGCCUCUCCCAUGCAAGACGACCCCGAAAACUUCGAACAUAUCCUCAGCCCCCCCAACAACCGCCGACUCCACUACUCCAGCGCCGGUAACCCCCAAUCGAACCUAGUCGUCCUCUUCUUCUCCGGCUACCUCAGUAUCGGUACCACCUCUGACACCUCCCUCCCCGCCCCCAUCAAGUCACUCGGCGCUCACUACAUAGCGCCCACCCUCCACGGCAAUGGCAGGAGCAGCAGCACUCCUGUCCACACUCAUUCCGACUGGGGAUUUGAGCCUGCGAAGCUUGAUGAGCAGCAUGUGAACGGGGAGAGGAAGAUCCUUGUCGUGAAUAGUGACGGCGAUGAUCUAGGUGGCGGUAUGGCGAAGUGGCUAGUCGGGAACUACAAGUUCGCGACGUUAAGAACGAUUGAGGGAGGGCAUCUUGCUGCUAUGUAUCAUCUUGACAGCAUCUAUGAGGAAUUACUGGCCGGCUCGUCAAAGUUCGCCGUGGACAGCGUACAAUGA